UGAUGCUGAUACUAAGGCUUAUGCUUAACGAGAGGAUAGAAAGGCUAGGCAUUGAUAUUUUAUACCGGAACAUGUAAGUUAGGGCGGUAUGUGCGCCAUUCAGAGCAGAUUUCUACAGCACCACAAAAAGAAACAAGAAGUUUGACUCAGGACACAUGUAUGGGAUCUGUCGGAUUGUCACUGCACGUGUGAGGAAACCAACAAACUUGAAGAAAGCCAGUUCCUGUGGAGAAAGAAAUCACCUGGUGAAAUAGGAAAAGAAAAGAAAGAGCAAAGAAACACAGCUGCUCAGAAUUUUUGUUUACUACUAAUCACCAAAUAUGGCACAGACGGAGUGUGAUGAAGUUACCGAGGUGGUGUGUUUGGAGUCAGAGCUGCAGGAUGGACAAAUGAAGGAGGUUGAGGUGGACCAUCAGAAAAUGCUGUUGGUUCAUAAUGAAGGCCAGUUCAGCGCCGUGGGCGCUCUGUGUACUCACUAUGGAGCUCCGCUUAUUAAAGGUGUUUUGAUGGGAAACAGAGUGAGGUGUCCUUGGCAUGGGGCUUGUUUUAACACUAAAACAGGAGAUAUUGAAGAGUUUCCAGGCCUGGACUCUUUGCCCACAUACAAGGUAAUGUCUGAAGGCAUUGAUUUUGUAAGAUACAUGCCCCCCUCCAUGCUUUCCAUUGAACAUGUAUGUAUUUUGCUUCAUUUUUCUAAGGUGAAAGUUGAGAAUGGUAAAGUUCAUGUUACAAGAAAUAAAAAGACUCUGACUAAACGUGUUAAAGAAAUGAGCUGUAGAGUGCCUGGAGUCUGCCACGCCAUACUUUUAAUUGGAGGAGGCCCUGCCUCUUUGCAAUGUGCAGAAACCCUUCGACAGAAUGACUAUCAGGGGCGAAUUAUAAUGGUCACCAAAGAUGAGAAGCUGCCUCUUGACAAGACGAAACUUAGUAAAGCCAUGAAUAUAGAGAGUGAAAAAAUUCUUCUUCGAUCAAGUGACUUCCUAAAACAGCAUGGCAUUGAAGUAUGGACAGAAAAGGAAGUGGUGUCCAUAGAUACAGAAGAACAUACUGUCAGUUUUCACAAUGGUACCACUCAACACUAUAAUCAGCUCUUGAUCGCUACAGGAGCAAGAGCUCGGAGAAUGCAGUGUCCUGGUUCUGAAAUGGAGAAUGUGAAACUCCUGCAGUGCUACAAAGAUGCAGCUGAGAUUUAUCAGAUGAGUGUAGGCAACCGGGUGGUGAUCGUUGGAACAUCGUUCAUAGGAAUGGAAGCAGCAGCUUUUCUGUCUGACAAAGCGACUAGUGUAGCUGUUGUGGGCAAAUCCGAUGUGCCGUACCAGUUUUCACUGGGACCAGAUAUUGGCAAAAUGACUAUGCAGAUGCUGGAGGAGAAAUAUGUGAGAUUCUACAUGAAUAAUGGUGUGGCUGAGAUACAAGGGGAAAACGGAAAGGUAAGAACGCACAGAUCAGAAAAUCAUUGUGCAAGUGCUCAAAAGUUUUUUUUUUUGUUUUUUUUUGUCAUGACACAUUUGUUUUUUCAGGUCAAGCAAGUUAUACUGCAAAACGGUGAGGUGUUGCCAGCAGACGUUGUAAUUGUGGGAAUUGGCGUCAUUCCAAACUCUGAUUUCCUGAAGGGGAGCAUGGUGGAAGUUGAUUCACGAAAUGCCAUCACUGUUGAUAAGUUUAUGAGAACCAACAAUCCAGAUGUCUUUGCUGCUGGGGAUGUGGCAUCCUUUCCUCUUUCAAUCCAAGCAGAUAAAAGGGUCAAUAUUGGACACUGGCAAUUGGCACAAGCACAUGGCCGGGUUGCAGCUUUAAACAUGCUGAAGAAGCAGACUAAACUCCACUCGGUCCCAUACUUCUGGACUGUGUUGCUAGGGAAAAGUAUCCGAUAUACAGGUUAUGGGGAAGGCUAUACAGACAUUGUUUUCAAAGGAAGCGUUGACGAGAGGAAGUUUCUUGCAUUUUAUAUAAAGGGUGAUGAAGUUAUUGCAGCAGCCAGCUUGAACUUUGACCCUGCUGUCUCAAGGGUGGCAGAAAUAAUGGCAACUGGGAAAAAUAUUACAAAGCUAGAAGCUGAAUCAGAGGACCUUGGAUGGUUGCAGCUCACUUAGAUGGACCAUAUGCAUCACUACUGGCUACAGAAGAUCCCUUUAUUAGUUUAUAAAACUACUUUUUUUGCCCUGGCAGUGAGCUUGUGGAACAACACACAGCUUAAAAACAAUAGCUAUGUGGUGGAUCAUGACCUUUAUUUUACUCACCCAUUUUAUUUCUCCUUUGGAGACCAUAUUAACCCUCUAUUGUAUGAAUUAUUACAUUUGCAUCAAAAAAUGUUUUUAAGUUUUUUUAUUACUUGAAUUAGCUCCAGUAAUAAAUAUAUUUAACUUUUAGUUGGUAAAUUGCUGCCAUGUGGCAACAAUGUGCAACGGUGGAAAGUAUCAUAUAGUCAUAAAUAACACAAUGUUUGAGAUUACAAUCCAAUUAGUGCAUUUUCCAAACUAUAAGUUGCAGAGUUUUUGGGGUUUUUUUAGUAAGCAUGUAAAAGUUAUAUCUUCUAGAAAGGAAUUACAGUUGUAAAAAGUAUGUGAGUGGAUGGUAACUCAUUUUUUUCUGUCAAAGUUAAAGCCCCCUCUUUACACUUACUUGCAUAGAAAAAUAGUAGUUUUGUGUUAAUGCCUAUCAAAAUAAUGGAGAUAAAUUAAUUGUUGCCAUAUGGCAACACCAUGCAGUAAAGGGUUAACCUCCUGAUGCAAAACAUUUAAUGAUUAGACAUUGGCUCCAGCACCAGCUUUGGUACUGCACAAGUAGAAAAGAUAACUUUUGAAUACUUUCCUUUAAUAAGUUACAUUUAUAUGUCUGCUUUAAAUUCACAUUAUAUUCAAUGUGAGUGGACCUACAUAUAUCCUAAAUCAUCUGUGUGUGUGUGUGUGUGUG